ACCGACAAGAAAUUGUGGAGUAUGGAACCGGUACGGCGGUGACACAUCACUCGGACUGCCCUGGGCACCAAUAUGGGAGUACGAAGACAUCAAGAUAAUGAUAAGUGGGCUAGGGUUGCGGUAAGUCUGGGUUAGGGUUGACUUCUAUUGGAAGUCGAUACGAAUUCGGCGGCUCUGUUUGACGCGUCAAACCUCAAUUUAUCGCGUCUUCAUCGUCGCCAGUCGCCUGCCCGGGCAAUUCCUAGCAUCUGACCAAUGUAACGUCCGCAAUGGCAGCAUUUGUUCCCUAUACGUACUUUCAAUGCCCUUGCUCCGACUCUUCGACUCUUGCGCAGUCUUCGGGUUCAAACUCUCCGUCAUCCGCCCAUCCCGACCCUGACGACGGCGGCAUUGACGACGAUAGCGAUCGAGCCUUUGAUCCUCGUGCGCCACGGUCAAACUACAGCCUGUACCCGCUGGAAUAUCUUCUGUACUGCGAGGACUGUCACCAGAUCCGCUGUCCACGCUGUGUCGCUGAAGAAAUUGUCACGUAUUAUUGUCCAAACUGCCUGUUUGAGGUGCCAAGCAGCAACCUCAAGAGCGAAGGGAACAGGUGCACCCGGAGUUGCUUUCAGUGCCCAAUAUGCAUCGGCCCCCUCGCCGUGACAAGCAUCGAGACGAAGCCUGACCCGAACCUCCUUGCCGCUCCUGACAGCGCGUCGCACUCUGGCCCAUACGCACUCACCUGCUCUUAUUGCAACUGGACAUCCACCGAGGUUGGCAUCAAAUUCGAGAAGCCGAACAGUAUACACGCUCAGCUGGCAAAGCUACGAAAUGGAGGGACCUCGAGGUUAACAGCUAAGGAACGAAAGGAGCGGCGGAAGGAUCCAGCAUAUACUUCCCAGCGAGCGGCAGCCGGAAGUGAACGCGAAUCCAGCGACUGGCAAGAAGAUCUGGACUUAGAGACGCAGUUCGCAAACCUCAAGUUAUUCUACCAGAGCCAGCUAGCAGACCCGAACUCUGCAGACCAUGGCCUCUCAUCGCUGGGCGAUCUCGGCUUCUCAUCGCCAAGCUCACUCUCACGCAUAAUGAGCAUAUACACCGGCGGCAGCUUGCAUGACAAGAAGGCCAAGUCACGGGUCGGCGCCAUGCGAGAAGCCCUAGAAAGCGACGAGGGCCUGCAGCUCGCCGACCUAGACGAGUCGGCCGCCAUCUCGAGGCUUCGCCAAGAAGGCUACGACGGCACCGCCUCAACCGAGCAACUCCUUGAACAACCACCAAACCUAGGCGAGGAACAUCUCCACGGCCGCGCCCGCUUCACCGCCGAGCUCCGCCCCAUCCCCUACCUGCUCCGUACCAAACGCUCCAAGCGCUGCCCCGUCUGCCGCCACAUCAUCAGCAAGCCCGAGGCCAAGAUGCAGACAACACGCUUCCGCAUCCGCCUCGUAGCGGGCAGCUACAUACCCAGCAUCGCCAUCCGGCCCUUAUCGUUAUCCGGCGCCGGCGGGAGCUUCAGCUCCAGCAGCACAACAACCGUCCCGGGGGCUCCCCUGGAGCCGCUCAAGCCCGCCCACUUCCUGCUCACCUUCAAAAACCCCAUCUUUGAAACCGUCAAGGUCACGCUGGGCACCCCCGCGCGCACGCCGGGGCGGUUCGCUAGCAAGGUCACGGUGCUGUGCCCUGUCUUUGAAAUCGGCGCCAACACGGACGUGUGGGACGAGGCGCUUAAGGACAGCAGCGGCAGCGAUCGCGACGGCAGGCGGCGCCGCGGCAAGGGUGAUGAAGGAGGAGGAGGCGGCAGCGGCGGCGGCGGUUUGACCAACCAGAUCGAGGUGGGCAAGAUCUGGGAACGCGGCCGUAAUUGGGUAAGUAUUGUUGUUGAAGUGAUGCCGGCGUCGUUGCACCUCCGUGAGGACGAGGGUGACCUCCCGCUUCGUGAGGAAGAGGACGUGCUGGAGAUACCCAUGUUUGUGCGCGUCGAGUGGGAAGCUGAUGUUGGUGGCGACGAGGUCGGCUCGGCUGCCCAUGGUAGGGAUAGUAAGGAGGCGAGGGAGAAGCGGGAGUUGGCGUACUGGUGUGUACUGGGAUUGGGUAAGAUUAGGCGGUCGUGACGGUCUUGGUGUUGUUUCGCAGUGGGAUCAGUUUUCGCGUCGGCAGAACUGAAAGGUGUAGUUUUGAUACCCCGAAAUGAACUUGAUGAG